AUGGCGUCAGCAUUUGUCGCUCCCGGCCAGCAACGCUACCUGCGCGCCUGCAUGGUAUGCUCCAUUGUGCAGACCUACGCGCGCUUCCGAGAUGGCGGUUGCCCCAACUGCGAGGAGUUUCUCCGUCUCCAGGGCUCGCAGGACCAGAUUGAGAGCUGCACAUCGCAGGUCUUCGAGGGUGUGAUCACGCUCGCGGAUCCCACAAAAAGCUGGGUCGCCAAGUGGCAGCGGCUGGACAAGUACGUCGCCGGCAUGUAUGCCAUCAAGGUCAGCGGGCAGUUGCCGGACGAAGUGAGGAGUACCCUGGAAGAGGAGUAUAGGAUACCGUACAUCCCACGAGACGGCAGUGAGGCGGAGAUUGAUCAGUAA